GAAAGUAUUAAAGACAUCUAGGCUGAGCCCCCGUCACUCCCAAACUUCCAUGCCCCCCAAAACCGCUGUUAAAAGGGGGAAUAAACCCAAACCAAAGGACACGCCUGCGGCCUCCUUAAACCGGGCCUCUUCCCUGAAGUCCACAAAGGCGGACGAAGUGGGCGAUGAGGCUCAGAUGAAUGGACAGGAAAUAUGGCUCGCGACAGAUGCCCUGCAAAAAACCAAAGCGAUGCGGAACUACUUCCAGCUGGAGCGGGAUCGCAUCUCGGCAUUCUGGGAUAUAUCCAAAAAACAGCUCGAUGGGGUCAAGGAGAACCUUCGACAGAAGAAUCAGGAAAAGCUCAUGAUGGUGGAUCGACAUGAGGUUGAAAAAAAGAUCUUUGAGCAAAAGAUACGACAUUUGCUGUACGAAAAUCAACUUCAAUUAUCCUCCUCCCAAGAAGAGGCUGAGCGCGCGUUGGUCGAAAAGCAGGAAGAGUACCGCCAAAUCGAAAGUAAUGCGAUGAGAGAUGUACGGGACGUGAAGCUCCUCAAUCGGGAAAUGGAGGUCCGUCAAAUGGAGCAGCGAAUGACGUUGGCGGCUCAACAAGAUAAAGAUAUCGCGGAGCAGCAAGCGAGAUUCGAGCGUGAGUCAAAAAAAGCGCAUCUGAAAUACGAACAAAUGCUUAAAUUCCUUCGAGAGGAAAUGGAUCACGCGAGGAUCGAGGAAAUUCGUCAAUUAGAAAAUCGGAAGGAAUUGCACGUUGCCGAGCUAUGCGAGAUGCACGAUCGAACGUUCAAGGAGGUUAAGGACUACUUCCGAGAGAUUACCUCCAAUAAUUUAGAAACCAUCCGUGCACUGAAGGAUGAGGUGUUUGCUCGGAAGCGAACAGAAGCGCAUAACGAAAAGGCAAUGCAUGAGGUCGCUCAUCGGAAUAAAAAGCUGACGGUGCCUUUUGUUGAGCUACAGCGUCGAAAGAAAGAGCUGGAGGCUGUGCUGGUGAACUACAACGAAGAUAAGGAAAAAUUGCUGAUUCUGAAAUCGAAAGCGAAGGAAACGGACCAAGAGUACCAGAAACUUUCUUGGGAGAACGAGGUUCUCGGCCAGCGGUAUGCAAAGCUCGUCGAGGACCGAGAUAUUAUUCUCAAUAAAUACAAUCAGAUGCUUCAGGAUAUUCAGAAGAAGUCAACGUUCCGCCGGGUUUUGUUGCAGAAGAAAUUAGAAGUUGUGCAAUCUCAGCUGGAGGGCCGAGAUGCAAAGCUUACUGACCUUUUGAAGAGGGCCAACUUGAGUGAGGAAGAUAUCCGUAGACUUGGGGAAAAAGUCCACGACCUGGUAUCUGAAAAGGAAAAAGCCAUAGAAAACCUUGAGCAGCUCUUAAUGCGCAUGGCGGAGCGCUACGAGGAUAUCCGGUGUAACUAUGAGUCUUACUUAGAGAAUAAUGCCACUUCUAUAAGGGCAUGAUAUUAGUUGUAUCAUUUGAAUAAGUACAUUGGAUGGGAUAUGAUAUUGAUUAUUGGGAUGUAAAUUUACUGAUGACUAUAUAGGCACAUCUUUUUCUCCUUU